AAGCCUGUGCAGAAAGGAAGCGGGCAAAAGCAGCCUCGCCUUCGGCCUUCCCCUUCUACUGUUCUACACUACCCGCCGGUCCUCCCCUGAUGCCCCCCGCUCUGUCACCUUUGACUCCCCCAUUCCGGUCUCCUCAGUCCCCUCCUCCCACCGCAGUCCACAGCUCAAGCACUGCACAUUUCAGUUCAGAUAGUCCAAGAACAGCACCAAGAGAGGCUCUUCUCCCUCGCCAUUGCUCGUCUUGCGUCGUCUAGGAGAGCUGGGAGGAGGAACGCAGGUGGCAUGGUGAGGUCGCUGCCUCUGUUCUUGCUGCUUCUGCUGCUGCUCUCCGGAGCCGGCAUCGGCGGCGGCGUACGGCUCGGCAAUGGCGGCUACGAGGACUGGAGGCUCGGCACCGCCACCUACGUCAAGGAGUUCCAGUCGCACCCGCUCAACGACGGUGGCGGCGCCUGCGGGUACGGCGACCUGGACAUCUUCAGGUACGGGCGCUACACGGCGGGGCUGAGCGCGGCGCUGUUCGGGCGCGGCGGCGCGUGCGGCGGCUGCUACGAGCUCCGGUGCGUCAACGACAUCCGGGGGUGCCUCCGGGCCAGCCCCACGGUGGUGGUGACGGCGACGGACUUCUGCCCGGCCAACAUGGGCCUCGCCGACGAGGCCGGCGGCUGGUGCAACUUCCCCCGGGAGCACCUCGAGCUGUCGGAGGCCGCGUUCCUCCGCGUCGCCAAGGCCAAGGCCAGCAUCGUUCCGGUGCAGUUCCGGAGGGUGAGCUGCGACAGGGCGGGCGGCAUGCGGUUCACGAUCACCGGCAGCGCGCACUUCCUGCAGGUGCUGAUCACCAACGUGGCGGCCGACGGCGAGGUGGCCGCCGUGAAGGUGAAGGGGUCGCGGACGGGGUGGAUCCCGAUGGGGCGGAACUGGGGCCAGAACUGGCAGUGCGACGCCGACCUCCGUGGCCAGCCGCUGUCGUUCGAGGUCACCGGCGGCAGGGGCCGGACGGUCACCGCGUACAGCGUCGCGCCGGCGGACUGGAUGUUCGCGCAGACGUUCGAAGGCAAGCAGUUCGUCGAGUAGCAGAUGCUGCCGGAAAACCGUGCUCCGGCGGUGAUUUGUAAGUAUAGAAUUAUACGGGUGGGUUCUUGCUGGAUUUCAUGUUGGGAGUUUGUGACCCAAGAAGAUGAAAUGUAUUGGAUGGCAAGAGAAUUCCGAUGUCAUCAUAUAAUCUUUUGAAGCUUUGUUUUUAAGAAAGGUGAUAAUCCGAAUA